AAAAAACCAUGUCUGUUUUUCCUAAGGUAUCUUUGAGACCUGAAGUUGAAAACUACCUUAAAGAAAUCUUUACGAAUCAAGAGAUUGUAUCUUUAAGCAAACAAGAAGCAGAAGAGAAGUUUGAAACUCUGUUAAAUCACUUAGCCCACCCUCCAUCAUUCACAACUGUCAGAGUAAAUACACAUUUAGCUGCAGUUCAGCAUGUGAAAAAUCUGUUGCUUGAUGAACUUCAGAAGCAGUUCAGUGAACUGAAUAUUCCUGUUAUUGAACAUCCAGACCUCCCGGACAUCCUACUUAUUCCUGUGAUUGGACCUAGAAAGGAUAUAAAAAAACAACAGUGUGAAGCUAUUGUGGGAGCCCAGUGUGGCAAUGCAGUGUUAAGGGGAGCCCACAUCUAUGUUCCAGGAAUUGUGUCAGCUUCAAAAUUUAUGAAAGUUGGCGAUGUUGUUUCUGUAUACUCUGAUAUUAAAGGGAAAUGUAAGAAAGGAGCCAAAGAAUUUGAUGGAGAAAAAAUAUUUCUUGGAAAUGGGAUUUCAGAACUAAGCCGCAAAGAAAUCUUUAAUGGGCUACCUGAAUUGAAGGGUAUAGGCAUAAGAAUGACAGAACCCAUAUAUCUCAGCCCUUCAUUUGACAAUGUACUGCCUAGUUACUUAUUUUUACAGAAUUUGCCAUCUGCUGUAGUAACUCAUGUCCUGAAUCCUCAACCUGGAGAGAAGAUCCUAGAUAUGUGUGCAGCACCUGGAGGCAAAACAACUCAUAUUGCGUCACUAAUGCAUGAUCAGGGAGAAGUAAUAGCCCUGGAUAAAAUAUCCAAUAAAGUAGAAAAAAUAAAACAGAAUGCUUUAUUGUUAGGACUGAAUUCCAUCAAGGCAUUUUGUUUUGAUGGAACAAAGGCACUUAAACUUGAUAUGACUAAAGAUCCAUCAGGUGCACCUCCAUUCUUACCAGAAUCAUUUGACCGAAUUCUCCUUGAUGCACCCUGCAGUGGAAUGGGACAGAGGCCUAAUAUGGCUUGUACUUGGACUUUGAAAGAAGUGACAUCAUAUCAACCACUGCAGCGGAAACUCUUUACUGUGGCAGUUCAGCUGCUGAAACCAGGUGGUGUGCUGGUUUAUAGCACAUGCACUAUAACGCUGGCAGAAAAUGAAGAGCAAGUUGCCUGGGCCCUUAAAACAUACCCAUGCCUUCAGCUUCAACCCCAGGAACCACAGGUAGGAGGAGAAGGAAUGGUGGGAGCCGGCCUGUCACUAGAACAACUGAGACAUCUGCAGCGAUUUGAUCCAUCUGUUGUGCCAUUACAGGACAUUGACAUUGAUUCCCUCAGAGAUGCCAAAACAGAGGACAUGAUCCGACUUGCAAAUAAGGAUUGUAUAGGCUUUUUCAUUGCAAAAUUUGUAAAAUGUAGAAGUACAUUAGAGAAGAAUCCUCAGAAGUGAAAAUUCCAUACUUACUUGUUCUUAAAUGAAAGUAUUUUCAGACCAACUAAAUGUAACGGUUGCUAAUGAAACAAAAUUUCUAGAAAUUUCACUAGGGGUCAGAGAGAGAGAGAGAGAGAGAGUGUGUGUGUAUGUGUGGCCAGUGGUGGGGGCUGCUUUUGCUAAGAAAUUGUAUCCUUGGUUUAUAAACUUUUUUUCCAGUAUGGGCACUAGAUUUAAAGGAGCUGCCUAUGGAUGUCCAAAACAUUUUCAGCUGGUAUAUUGUUUUGGUUUACAAAGUCUUUUAGUAUACCAAGUCUUCAAUAUAUUAGUCUUUUUAAACAAUUGUUUGUCUUAAUAAUAAAAUUAGU